AUGGGUUGCUCUAUUUUUAAAGGUUCCCGAGCACGCCGCGGAAGGUGCGCAGCAGGGUUUGUCGAGACCGAUGAAGAGCAGCUCUCACCAAGAUCUGAUGCACAGCUGGCCGAGCUGCUCGAGCAAUCACGGCGAAUCGCCCACAUGGCUGAAGAGCAGCAAGAGCUCCUGCCGCACUCGCAGGCUCAAAUUUCGGAGCUUGCAAGGGACGUCGAAAUGGUUCAGAGCGCGGUAGCAGAGCAGCAAAGGCGGUCGGACCGCCAAAAGGUCAUCUACUACCGGAGCUCAUUGCUUGAGAAAGCAGAGGACGUUUACGACGACAUUCUUGCCUGGCUCCAUCUGCGCAAGGUGGCGUGUCGGUCUCAUCGCAGCGUGCGUCGAGCAAUCGUCCUGUAUACUCGCGUGUCGAUGGCCCUUGACAUCUACACAGACUUCCUGGUUGGCUGGGAUGCGUGGAAGUCUGGACAGCCACACUGGGCCGUUGGCAUUUUCUUCAUCAUGGUUCUGACGUACAUCCUCAUGUGGCUGGCUGUGUGGACGGAGUUCUCGCAGCGCGUUCAAGACAAAACGGGAUGCCGAAGCUAUCCGAGUCGGUUUUGCAUACAGGUCACGUGGUUUCUUUUUGGAGUUCCGACACUGAUCAUAGCAGACGUCGUGCUGGGAGUGAUCUACUUGACUACUGAGCCUGCGGACGUGGAAAUUUUCCACUACAUGAAGUUGCGAGGCCUCAUUGAGCUGGUGGAGGGCGUUCUUCAGGCCAUCAUGCAGGGGAUUAUGCUGCUCAGCAUGUGGUGCUUGCCUUUCCAUGUCCAUUUCAGCAGCAUCGGCAAGUUCACCAUUGCCGCGUCCGUAGCGUUCUCCGCGCUGAGUGCCUACACUCAUUAUGUUUUCCUGGCGAAGUAUGCAGCACUGCAGGCUAAAGGAAGCAAGUGGCAGUUUUUCCAGCAUAUGCUUUGCCUUGGAAGGGGUUUGGUGCCCUCGAGCCUUUAUCAAGAAAUCGAGAUUCUGGCUGAGGUUGACUGUCCGCACAAGCUCAAUGGCAUUUCUCUGCGCGAGAUGCACGAACUGUCGCGAUUUAUGCAGAAGAGUGCGACUUUGCGGACAUUUCGCUUCCAGGACGCAUCAGUCCUGGAUCCGGCACGUCUUCCGCAUUCAGCUUCCACGCCCCGCCUUUUGCCGAGAAGAAACGUUGGUGACACUACCCUGUUUGUGGAGAACCUUAUGCACAGCGUUGCCUUGCAAGACUUGCAGAUAGAAGAUGGACUGAGUGAAGAUGCAGUGAACCUUAUUCUGCAUGUCGUGUCCCGCAUGUGGUCUAAUUCUGGCGCCCUCAAGCGCAUUCAGCUCAUCGCGAACCGCAUCAUAGUCGAUUGGGAUGAUUGGCGCGUGUGGGACGGUGAGAAGGCCUUGUCUUUGCAUCCUCGCGAGCUAGUCGAGAUGCACAUCGACGCACUGCGAGAGCAUCUGCCCCAGUAUUCCGGAUGUAGAGUGAUGAUCUUCCAUGAUAGUUCCUCUAUGAAGAUUGUUUCUUCAGACAGGGAUGUCUGCGGGAUGUCUUUCAACGACGGCGAAGUGCAGGUUGACUCAGCCUACUGGGUAAAAAUUGCCAUAAGGAGGGGCGAGAAACCGAAUGUCCGGACAGAAGGCGAAGCAAAGGCAGCGAAUGGGUCAAGUGUGAGCCUAGCAGCGCGACAAGGCUCCUGGCAACAGUUGCGCUCCGAACUGCUGAGGCGUCAAGAUGUGCGCGAAGCUGCAGCGGCACCUGGUUUGUUGGAAAUGGUGGCACAGCGCGGUGGCACGACCCAGGCCAAGGUUCUGGACCUGCUUCUGGUAGCUGGUGCUUUGCCUGGGGCAGAGGCGCUUUGCAAAGCAUGCAUCUCAGGCGAAACUCAACAGGUGCAGAUUCUCUUGCGGCACGGAGCUGACGCGAUGUGCUGUCGCCCGUUUUCGGACAGACGCCCGACUCCAAUGCACAUUGCUGUUGAAAAGAACUUUGUCGACAUCUUGCGGCUUCUGAUUCAGAAUUCUGCGGACAUGAAUGCCGUGGACAGUCUCGGCCAGACGCCUUUGUUUUACGCUGCUGCAAACCAAUCGGUGGAAGCCACACAGCUUUUGGUAGACCAGAGAGCGGACGUAUUCAAGUCCGACGAAAAAGGGAUGACAGCGCUACAUGGCGCAGCCGCACAUGGGUCGGUGGAUGUUUGCGGGCUGCUGCUCAAGAGCCGUGCAAGCAUUGACGCACGGAUGAAAGAUGGCACGACGCCCCUUUUUCUUGCAUCUCGAUCCGAUGCUGUGCACACUGUGGAGUUUCUGCUGGAUCACCGGGCCGAGGUCAACAAAGGCAAGCAGAAUGGCACGACGCCGGCUUGUGUUGCCGCCACUAAGAAUGCUGCUCGAACCUUGCAGGUCUUGCUGCAGCACAAAGCAGAUAUCAACAUGACGGACAACAAUGGAAGAGGACCUUUCCAGCUUGCACGUGAGCAAGGAAGCAUGGACGCCCUAGCAGUUCUACAAGAUCCCAACAUGCCAUUAGCGGAUGGCGUGAUGCUGAUGCCAAAGCUUGCAGGCAAGGCUGCAGGACGAUGGCAGAUGGAACCGGUUCUGCAUUUGGUUCACCAGAGACCAGACGUCAAUGCCAGCGUGUCCCACUUGAUCUUGGCUGCCGGGUCUAAAUCAAUAGAAGCUGUAAAGCUUCUCUUGGAGCGCAGAGCAGAUGUCAACCAACAGACAGGAAGGCUAGGGGAAACGGCGCUGCACACAGCAGCCGAAAACGGGUCGGUGGAUGUCUGCGGACUGCUGCUCAAGAGCCGUGCAGGCAUUGACGCACAGAUGAAAGAUGGCACGACGCCCCUUUUUCUUGCAUCUCAAUCCAAUGCUGUGCACACUGUGGAGUUUCUGCUGGAUCACCGGGCCGAGGUCAACAAAGGCAAGCAGAAUGGCACGACGCCGGCUUGUGUUGCCGCCUUUAUGGAUGCUGCCGGAGCCUUGCAGGUCUUGCUGCAGCACAGAGCAGACAUCAACAUGACGGACCACAAUGGACGAGGACCUUUCCAGCUUGCACGUGAGCAAGGAAGCAUGGACGCCCUAGCAGUUCUACAAGAUCCCAACAUGCCAUUAGCGGAUGGCGUGAUGCUGAUGCAAAAGCUUUCAGGCAAUGUUCCCGAUUCUCUUCUAAAGUAUGCGCUGGAUUUGGUUCACCAGAGACCAGACGUCAAUGCCAGCGUGUCCCACUUGAUCUUGGCUGCCGGGUCUAAAUCAAUAGAAGCUGUAAAGCUUCUCUUGGAGCGCAGAGCAGAUGUCAACCAACAGACAGGAAGGCUAGGGGAAACGGCGCUGCACACAGCAGCCGAAAACGGGUCGGUGGAUGUCUGCGGACUGCUGCUCAAGAGCCGUGCAGGCAUUGACGCACAGAUGAAAGAUGGCACGACGCCCCUUUUUCUUGCAUCUCAAUCCAAUGCUGUGCACACUGUGGAGUUUCUGCUGGAUCACCGGGCCGAGGUCAACAAAGGCAAGCAGAAUGGCACGACGCCGGCUUGUGUUGCCGCCUUUAUGGAUGCUGCCGGAGCCUUGCAGGUCUUGCUGCAGCACAGAGCAGACAUCAACAUGACGGACCACAAUGGACGAGGACCUUUCCAGCUUGCACGUGAGCAGGCCUCCGUCCAAGCGCUUGAUUUGCUUGGAAGGCAGCGCCGCUAG